AUGGAGCUGGAGCAGUCCGAGUUCGAGUGGUGGCUGGGAGACUACCUGCGCGAGACCGAUGACGAGACGACGACGACGAGUCUACCGGCGCCCGCCGCCCCGCCUCUCAGUGCAGCAGCGCUAUUGCCGUCUUCGCAGCCACGUUGCCGCCAAGAGUCUGCCCCGCUUCGCAAGGCAGAGUGGCGCUCCUUCGAGGACCUGAUCAUCUUGGCGAGCUACCGCAAGUACGGCUCGCAGUGGUCUCGCAUCGCAGCGCAGCUGCCUGGCCGCACCCUUGACGGCGUGCGCAACCGCUGGCAUCGACUGCAGCGGCGGCACGGCCUGAGCGAUUCAGUGGGAGGCCGCCGAGCCCUGGACGAGCUGCUCCUCUCCUGUGGCGUCGAAAAGGACUGGGUGCCGCCGGCCGAGGCCCUCCAUUUCAUCGAAACAGAGGACGACGACGCCGACGAAGUUGAACUCGGCCGCACGAUGUGGACAGAGGAGGAGGACGCGCUCGUGCUCGAGGGGGUUCGGACGCACGGCUUCAAGCCACAUUGA